UUUGCUUGUAUGUAAAUACUGUUUUAGUGGGAUGAUCAAUUUGUUUCAAUCCAUCCAAUAUAUACAUAGUAAUAGACACACAAAGACACAAGACAAGACAAUAUUGAAAUUUAACCAAAUAAUUCGACUCCUCCUCCUCCUCUUUUCUUCAUUACUUCGUAACUAUAUUCAACAAUUUUUUGUUUUUGCUAUAAAGUUGGCCAUUGACUGGAUAUAAUAAUUGUAAAUUUUUAAAUGUUUUUUGUUUGGUUAUGAUCAUUCAUUUUUCAAAAAAAAAAAGAAAUUAUCCCAAAUGAUUAUUGGAUUCAUUAGUCGAUUUUGAUCAUUAGUUUUGGUUAUAUUAUGCCAUGAAUGUGAUCAUAUAAUUAGACUAAUUAGAUUUAAUAAUCAUCAUCAUAAUCAUCAUAAUCAUUAUAUGACAAAUUGAUUUUUUUUACACACACACACAGUUAUUCAUCAUAGUGAACCAAAAAAAAAAACACAUUUGUUUUUAGUUAGAGAAAAAAUGAAAUUCUUGUUGGUGUCAACAAGUUAGUGUCAUCAGUGAACAUAAGUGAAAAACCAAUUUUUUUUUCAUUCGACCAAAUCGAUUAUAUAAAAAGAAAAAUUCAUUUCAAAAGAUAUAUUCAUUUCAUUUGUUUUUUUGGGAUUCGAUAAAAGUAAAUCAAAUGAUUAAAAAAAUGGUUGACAUGAAUAAUAACAUUCAUAUCGAUAAAGAUCGUCAAUCAAAAUCAAAAAUAUUGAACUUUGCUAUGGAAAAUAUUCUUUCAUCAUGUUCGAAUGAUUUGAAAACGAAAAUCAAAAAUCGAGAGGAUUCUUCUUCGUCGUCGUCAUCACCGCUAUGUUUAAAUAAUACGGCUUCCGAAACGGAUUUGAACGGAAAAAACAACCACCACAACGAAGAUAUUAUUAAUCAGCAUCAUUUAAGCGAAAAUUAUUCUCCUGAUAAAUCAACAAUUCAAAUGCAAACAAUUAAUUCAAUGAUCGGUGGAUAUGGUGGUGAAACAUCCGGAUAUUUUACAACAUCAUUUCCCAUUGAUCCAUUAAUACAUUCAUCAUUGACGAAUACAAAUUAUUCAAUUCCUGGAAUACAUGGCUCUACUUCUUCAUCAACAUCAACAUCUUCUUCAUCAUCAACAUCAUCACCUUUUGAUUAUAUAAUUCCACAUUUGUUUUUCAACCAGGAGCAAAUCAAUUGGAUGCGUAAUCAAUAUCAACAAUUUUUACCACAACCAUCAACAACAACAACAACAACAACAAAUUCAAUUAAUGAAAAUAUUGAUCAAUUAACCUAUUGGAAUUGUUUAAAAGAUCGAUAUCAAUAUUUAUUAUCAACAUCAUCAUCAACAUCGAAUGUUUUGAAUAAUGAUCCAAUUUUGUCAGAGCCUAUGAUUUUGAAUGAAUCAUCGAAUUCAACUGUAAAACAACAACAACAACAACAUUUAACUAAAUCAUCAUCAAUAGCUAAUAAUCAACAACAACAACAACAAAUCCGUAAUAAUAAUAAAAAUGAUAAACGAAAACGAACUUGGUCAAGAGCAGUAUUUUCAACAAAUCAACGUCGUAAUCUUGAACGUAGAUUUGCUAUACAAAAAUAUAUUACUAAACCGGAUCGUCAUCGUUUGGCUGAAGAAUUAAAUCUAACCGAUUCACAAGUUAAAGUUUGGUUUCAGAAUCGUCGAAUGAAAUGGCGUCAUUCAUUGAAAUUUCAAGCACAAUUACAAAUUGCCAUGAAAUCUCGUGAACUACAAAAUUUAAUGAAACAAAAAAAUGGUAAAAUGAAAACAAUGAUGAUGGCCAUAAAUAAUAAUAACGAUCAUAAUAAUAGUCAUCCGAAAAACAUAAAAUGAAUGAUGAAUUUACAUCAUGCUUUUCAUAACACAUAAACAUGUUUUAUUUUACACAAAAAUCUUUUCUUUU